GGGGCUGUGGGCGGGACCUGAGCUCCCGGCGACAGCUCUCCUCCUUGUGGCCGCGACCUCGCCAGGCUAGAGAGACUGCCGCGCGCCGCGGGAGCGGAGCGAUGGGUCUGCUCUCAGAGCUGAAGCUGACAAUGCCCUGGGGCCACAUUGCUGCCAAAGCCUGGGGCUCCCUGCGGGGCCCCCCAGUUCUGUGCCUGCAUGGCUGGCUGGACAAUGCCAACUCCUUCGACAGACUCAUCCCUCUCCUCCCACAAGACUUCUAUUACGUUGCCAUGGAUUUUGGAGGUCAUGGGCUCUCAUCCCAUUACGGCCCAGGUGUCCCGUAUUACCACCAAAACUUUGUGAAUGAGGUCCGGCGAGUCGUGGCAGCCUUGAAAUGGAGCCGUUUCUCUCUCAUGGGCCACAGUUUUGGAGGCAUUGUAGGCGGCAUGUUUUCCUGCACCUUCCCCGAGAUGGUGGAUGAACUUAUCUUGUUGGACACGUCGCCGUUUGCCAUGGACAUUAAUGAGAUGGAGAACUUGCUGACCUACAAGCGGAGAGCCAUAGAGCACGUGCUGCAGGUGGAGGCCUCCCAGAAGCCCUCGCGUGUGGUCAGCCCGGAGGAGAUGCUGCAGGGGUUCCUGAAGAACAACAGCCAUGUGGGUGAGGAGUGCGGGAAACUCCUCCUGCAGAGAGGAACCACCCGGGGGGCCACAGGCAUGAUACUUAGUCGUGAGCACCAUCUGGGCUGGGCAGAGUACAGCUUUGACUUCGUCAGCAGGGAGCUGUUCACACACUCCAUCCAGCAGCUGCAGGCCCGCGUCCUGCUUGUCAAGGCAGCACAAGGAUAUAGUGAUGUGAGACGGGAGAAUGAUGCCAACACGGAGACCUUGAUGUUUAUGCUGGACACGAUGAGAUCCAUCCUAAAAGAGCGGUUCCAGUUUGUACAAAUCCCCGGCAACCAUUAUGUCCACAUGAAUGCUCCCCACCUCGUGGCCAAUGUCGUCAGCCCCUUUUUACAGAGCAAACGCAGGAUCCCGGCCCAGCUGUAGCCUGGGCCUGGGCUACGGACAUCUCACGCUCACGCCAGUCAGCCUCCACGUGGCUGGCAUGGUGGCAACAGGCCUUACUGAAAACCAAGAUGAACAGGAGAGAAUCCUGUGAAGGAGGUGGGGGAAGGGGCAAGAUUCUGACAUUAACAUCUGAGACUUCAGGGGGACAGCAUUUAGACUUAGGGUGUCCGUUUUGUAGUUAAUGACCUGUAGUGAGCUGCUACAGGCAGAAGGAAGCUUGCCUGUCAUUUGGUGGCUUCUGAAGCCUUCUCCACUGCCAGCCUGGAUACAAAAUAAAAUGUUCUCGCCUUUC